CGGCUCUCGCCUCAAACCACACAGCCCUCCUCAGCGUACUAAGGAGAGACCGGAAAGAGAACGAAGAUGCAGUCCACUGUAACAGAGAGCCUGUUCGCCGGGGACCCCUUCUUCGAGGGGACGCGGGUGCUUUGGCCACUGCGCCGCGGUGUUCUGGCCGACAUGCGGGAGGACUUCUUCCAGAGGAGGUCUGCCAUGGUGGACAGCUUCCUGAGGGAGUUCAGGGACGCCUUCCCCUACGACUUCCUGAAGGGCGCCGCACUCCCGUCGUCCCGCGGGCCGCUCGGCGCCCUCACCAACGGCGAGGCCCACAAGCCUGGCAUGGAGCUGUCCCUGGACGUGCGGGAGUUCUCCCCAGAGGACAUCACGGUCAAGCUGGCGGGCCGGCAGCUGGCUGUCGUUGCCACCAAGCAGGCGGAGGGCGGGGAGGCCCGGUGCAGUGGCUUCGUGCAGAAGAUCGACCUGCCCGAGCACGUCAACCUGACGGCCCUCACCUGCUCCCUGACUGCCGAUGGGCUGCUGAAGAUUGAGGCGCCGGCAACAGCGCACUCUUCCGAGGAGCGCACUGUCCCCAUCCGGUUCAGGACGUCCCUGAACGUCCCCAUCAGCAACAGCAAAAAGGAGGAGGACAAAAGCCAAGCAACCUAGAAAGGACUGCCCGCUUUUUUUGUAAUGUCAUUUUGUUACUGACUCAGUGGAUUUGUUUGCUAAGAAA